AUGACGCCCUUCGUGCCUCGUCGCCGUGAUGUUCAUCGCACCCGUGCCCUCCUCCAUCACCGCCUAGGACUCCCAAAUGAACUCGUCCUCGAUAUUUUGGACAAGGCCCAUUACUGGGUCGAACACGUUCAUGAAAAUGACCAGACUACAGUGCUCCUUGACGAAGACUUCUCUGACGACUUCUCCGCUGCGCACCCCUUGUUGAGGAUACCCAUUGACAAGCGCAAAAUCGCGCGUCGCGAAACAAGCAAACUCCGAGAGAUGGAGUUCUUGGUUGUCAGCCACGACCAAGGCUGGACCACAGAGAAUACGAUUGGCACAUACAAUACCUCUUCUUGGUUUGAGGUCUCUAUCGUGCGCCCGGGUCUCCAGAUCAAUGAGGAGGGCAAUGAGAUCGUUGCUGAUAACUUCGAAGAACACAUGUACCCACGACGCGACAUCCAUAGCGUUAUAGAAGACAUAUGCGGUGACCUAGGUUUCAGCAAUGCACCGCGUCCUUCGUCGACUACGGAGCCGCAGAGAUUGCACUGCGACGAAAUGCAGGCUAUGACAUUCUUGCAUGAGGAUUCUUCAUGCCCAAUGGGUAUUGAAGGACAACAUGCUUGGUAUUUGCAAGGCAACGAGGUCGCAAGAGCUGUGUCGAAAUUUGAAGGCGAUUAUAUUCGUCGGUAUCGCGUUGUCUGGGGCUGCAGAAACAAUCCAACAUGGGAGGGUAACGAAGGGGCCGGACGUGGCGAGAACUUCAUUGACUCUCUGCAAGAUGGCGAUUGGAUAUGCGUAUGGGCAAGAGCUAAGAGAAGAGGUUGGGAAACUCACGUCCACGGCAUACGUGUCACCAUGCGAUACACCGUAUAG